GCAACAACUACGAAAAAAACAAAGAAGAUAGAAGUCUGACUUGAAAAGCAGAGCAAGGUUCUGUCCUUCGAUCGGAGGAACAACUAAGAAGAGGAGAAAGAUGUCAGCUCCUGUGAUCCUAAACGAUGCGACGAAGAGCAAUGCUAGAAAGGCGCACGCUGCAAUGACCUUGUGUCAGAUAAUUUACGGAGCUUACCAUGUGAGUGCGAAAGUAGCUCUUAACGUUGGUAUCAGUCAGCUCGUCUUCUGUGUCUUCCGCGAUCUUAUUGCUCUCUCCAUCCUCGCUCCUCUCGCUUUUUUCCGCGAAAGAGAGAUCAGACCUCCUAUGAGUAGAAGCGUUCUCUUUUCAUUCUUCUUCCUAGGUUUAACAGGGAUAUUUGGGACUCAAUUACUAUUUCUUAUUGGUUUAUCGUACACAAAUCCAACUUAUGCCGCUGCUAUACAACCAUCCAUCCCAGUCUUCACCUUUCUAUUGGCUGUGAUGAUGGGCACAGAGAAAGUGAACUUGUUUAAAAUCGAGGGCCAAACAAAAGUUGGAGGUACUAUCGUUUGUGUUUCCGGUGCCUUAGUGAUGGUUUUCUUCCGUGGUCCAGCUUUGUUUGGAAAUCAAGAUGCAGAUUUUACGCUAAAAACUGUAAUUAUUGAUAGCAGUGAAUAUGAGUUUCAUGGUUGGUUAGUUUCGAAUUUUAUUGGUCUUGGGCUUGAUCUAUGGCACAUUGGAGUUAUAUGCUUGGUUAUAGAAUGCAUGUGUAUGGCUGCUUUUAUCGCUGUCCAAGCACCGGUUCUGAAGAAGUAUCCUGCUUACCUUUCGGUUACGGCGUACUCAUACUUCUUUGGUGCAUCAAUAAUGAUCACAACAGCGUUUGUGUUUGUUAGAGAGCCUAAAGAGUGGCACUUAACACAAUCAGAAAUUCUUGCCGUUAUAUUUGCGGGAGUGUUUGCAUCAGCUCUGAACUAUGGACUCUUGACUUGGUCUAAUAAAAUACUUGGAGCUGCUUUAGUUUCUCUGUACAACCCUCUUCAGCCUGUAGCAUCCACCUUUUUAUCUACGAUAUUCCUCGGCAGUCCAAUCUAUCUUGGAAGCGUUGUGGGUGGAGUACUAAUCGUUUCAGGGCUUUAUAUGGUUACUUGGGCAUCUUAUAGAGAACAGCACACAACAAGUUCAGGAAUUGCGAUUACUUCUUCAAGUGAUGUAAGAGUUUCGGAGCCUUUGAUUUAUAGAGAUGGGAAUGGUGAUAACAAAAUUGGAAGACGUACCAAAUUAGCAACAGAGAUGAUAGAUAAGUUUUAAUUUGAACAGCCAACAGAGACAAGAUCAUGGCUGUUCUUGUCAAGAAAAUGACGACUCAAUACUACUGGCUGAUGUUGGAAGUUGUGAGAUUGAUCUAUCAUUGACUAAGCAGAUUUUUCCAGCAACGCAGAGAAUGUGUAAUGGCUAAGAAGUUACAUCCAUUGGAGAUACAUCAUUGGAUAUAUUCAGAGAAGAACUUUGCGGGAGACUGUUGACCCGCAAGAGCGGUUGUAAAGAAACUCCAGAACCAUAUCCAACAUCAAUAAAAAGACCUUAGCUGCC